GCUCCGUUCCCACAGAGAGCCCGCACCAGGAUGGGUGCUCUCCCGACGCAAAGGAUAGCAUGGCUGUUUGUUUUCAUCUUUACUGGGAUAACAGGAAUUUGCGGUUCAAACGUCUGCACCUCCAGAGGGGCCAGCACAUGCAAGCAGUGUCUGGCUGUGCACCCCAGCUGUGCGUGGUGCCUCCAGGAGGACUUCGGCCAGGGGGUUGCCAGUUCUUCCCGCUGUGAUCUGAAGAGUAACCUGGUGGCAGCGGGCUGUGCUGCUCUCGAGUCUCCAAGCAGCAAACUGCUGAUUAUCGAAGACCGGCCCCUCAGCAACAAGGCAGCGGGGGCCACGCAAGAUGUCACCCAGAUAAAACCCCAGAAACUACAAAUCACCCUCAGGCCAGAUGAUGCCAAGCGCUUCACAGUGAAGGUGCGUCAGGUAGAGGACUACCCUGUGGAUCUCUACUACCUCAUGGAUCUGUCCUACUCCAUGAACGAUGACCUCUUCCGGCUGAGGACUCUGGGCAGAGGCCUGGCCGAGGCCAUGAACCGCACCACCAGCAACCUGCGCAUGGGCUUUGGGGCUUUUGUGGACAAGCCGCUGUCACCUUACAUGUACAUCUCCCCCAAAGAGGCUGUGAAGAACCCCUGCUACAGCAUUAACACCACCUGCCUGCCUCAGUUUGGCUACAAACAUGUUCUGUCCCUGACGGAGGAGGUGGGCCGCUUCACAGAGGAAGUGAAGAAGCAGAUGGUGUCCAGGAACCGAGAUGCCCCGGAGGGAGGCUUUGAUGCCAUCAUCCAGGCUGCUGUGUGCAAGAAGCAGAUCGGUUGGCGCCCCGGUGCAUCCCACCUUCUGAUCUUCACCUCGGACGCUAAGACUCACGUGGCUCUGGAUGGUCGCCUGGCUGGAAUCGUGCAGCCCAACGACGGGCAGUGCCACCUCAACUCUGACAAUAUGUACAGCAUGUCUACCACCAUGGAUUACCCAUCUCUCGCUCUGAUCACAGAGAAGAUGUCGGAGAACAACAUCAACCUCAUCUUUGCUGUCACCAACCCUGUGGUUCCUCUGUACCAGAACUACAGUGAGCUGAUUCCUGGCACCACAGUAGGAACACUGUCCAACGACUCUGGCAAUGUUAUUCAGCUCAUACUGAGAGCCUACGCUAAAAUCCGUUCCAAGGUGGAGCUGGAGCUUCAAGGCGUCCCAGAGGAGCUGUCCUUGUCCUUCAACGCCACCUGUCUGAAUGGAGAAGUCAUCCCCGGCCUCAAAUCCUGCUCUGGGCUCAAGAUAGGAGACACGGUCUCGUUCAGCGUUGAGGCCAGAGCUCGAGGAUGCCCCAAACAGAAGAAGAAAACCUUCAUCAUUAAGCCAGUGGGCUUCAAGGACUCCCUCUCCAUCACUGUCACCUUUGAGUGCGACUGCAAGUGCCAGGCCAAAGCCCAGCCCAACAGCCCUAAAUGCAACCAAGGCAAUGGCACCUUCGAGUGUGGCAUCUGCCUGUGCCACCCAGGUCGCUUAGGGCCGCACUGCGAGUGUGCAGAGGGCGACUAUAACCCCACAGAGCAGGACCGCUGCAGCGGCCCCACCGGCUCUGGAGGAUCUCAGUCUGCCAUCUGCAGCGGCCGGGGAGACUGUGUGUGCGGCCAGUGUGUGUGCCAAACCAGUGACUUCGGGAAAGUCUGGGGAAAGCUGUGUGAGUGUGAUGACUUCAACUGCCUGCGCUACAAAGGAGAACUGUGCUCAGGUCAUGGCGUCUGUAACUGUGGCUUCUGCCAGUGUGCACCCGACUGGCAGGGAGAGAACUGUAACUGCUCCAGACGUACUGACACCUGUAUGUCCAACCUGGGUUUACUGUGCAGCGGGAGGGGCCAGUGUGUGUGCGGGGCCUGUGAGUGCACCCAGCCCGGUGCCUACGGAGCCACGUGUGACAAGUGCCCCACAUGCCCCGACGCCUGCACCAUGAAGAAGGAAUGUGUGGAGUGUAAGCACUUCAAGAGGGGCAAACUGUUUGAUGACAACACCUGCUCUCGAAUCUGCAAAGAUGAGAUUGUGCUUGUGGAUGAAAUAGUGCUCCAUGAUACAAAUGCUGUGAACUGCUCUUACAAAGAUGAGGAUGAUUGCGUGGAGCGAUUUCAGUACUAUGAAGACUCCAGUGGCAAGUCCAUCUUGUUCGUCGUCAAAGAGCCAGACUGCCCCAAGGGUCCAGACAUUUUAGUGGUGCUUCUGUCAGUGGCAGGAGCCAUCUUGUUCCUUGGCUUGGCAGCUCUGCUUAUCUGGAAACUGCUGGUCACCAUCCAUGACAGACGCGAGUUCGCCAAAUUUGAGGAAGAACGGGCUCGUGCCAAGUGGGACACGGGACACAAUCCUCUCUACAAAGGAGCCACAUCUACCUUCACAAACAUCACAUACAGAGGAAAAGACUGAUGCUACUGAACUUAACAAGGACGAAGAACAGUGGACUUUUACUGUCCUUUUUGGGAAGACACCAAAUCAUGUGCAGGGCUCUACUGUCACAAGACAAUAAUGAAUAAUUAUUUGUGUUUGUAAAUAUGUAGAAAUGAUUCUGAGGACACAUUUUUAUCAGGGAUUUGUCAUAAAAAACCCACCUAUACUACACUGAUAAAUGAGAUAUUGUUUUGAUUUUAUGUUGUUGACAAAGAACUCUUGUGUUGUGCAGGUUUACCCAAAUCACAAAAACAUAAUAACAUUCUUACCCCUACUACUAGUAUCCAGCUAUGUGUAUGGUUUUUAUUCUAUUUGCAUAUUUAUUGAGAAAUAUGUGGAGCACCCAAAGUCUGGAAAGAUUUUUUUAUGUAAUGUCUUUUUUCACUCGCCAAUAUUCUUGAUAACCCACAGACAUUGCCGUGG